AUGUGCCUCAGGUUAAAGCUUCCAUGUAUCCAGCCUAAGGACUAUGUCCGGCAGACUAACUUUCCCGCGAAUUCCGAGCUGGCUUCUAUUCGAGUGACUCAUCAUCUGAACACGCUAUUGAAAUGGAGUGACAAGUCCACUAUCCUUCUCGCUCAGCUCGUUACAGAAGAUGGUAACCAGGAACUUGUAGCUGCAAAGAUAAUGCAACACCCUCCGGACAAGGAUAAAUUGACAAACGAGCUCGACAUACUCCAAAGCCUACGCCACGAGCAUAUCGCCGCCAUUCUCGGAAACUUCUCCAUAUCCCAUCCUAAUGGAACACGAUACGGGCUCUUGGUGUUUCCCCUCGCUGUUGAAGAUCUCCAAACCUCGUUGGAGACAAUUUCGGCGCACAACAAAGCUCACCAGAAGGCAACCUCAGUGUGGCCUUCCUACCAAAAUGCACACAAGCUUCUGCCGUACUUCGCCUGCCUUUGCAAAACUGUGCUGUUUCUCCAUAAGCAGCCCCGGCCCGUCAAGCAUCGAGACAUCAAGCCCGCGAACAUUUUGAUUGACAGGGUCGGAAAUGUCGUCCUUGCUGAUUUUGACAUCUCGGGAGCUUAUGACGAUGUCGGAUCAGCGAUAUCAUACGGCAGAUACGACGGAACCCGCAUGUAUUCUUCAAUAGACGUAUGGAGUUCCUCGGUACAGAACAAUCCGAAAAACGGCAAACGAGGACUGGAGUGGGAUGUUGUCAGUCUAGGAUUUGUCUUUCUGGAGAUGGCGACCGUGUUAUUUGGUAGGACCUUGGAGGAGAUGCGGGAUCGUAUGAAAAAACGUUCUGAGUAUGGGGUUUUGAGAGUGAUGUACUCAGAUGCGCUAGGGGACAUAAAGAAAUGGCUCGAUGAUCUCGGGGAGGCCCCUGGCCAGUUUUUGCGAUUGACUGAUGUCAAUCAGGAUGACGCCAGGAAGUUUUUGAGGGCAAUCGAGGACAUGACUUCGUCCAAGCAAUACGAUGACGAAUCGCUUGAACGUGCCUGGAAGACUUUUAGAUGUCUUUCUAACCAUUGCUGA